AUGACAAUGGCUGUUCAUUAUCCAGUGCUCGUGAUCCUUUUGAUGGACUUGAACUUCUAUAUCAGCUUACGAUAUCUUCAAGAGAAAUUUCGACGUCUGAACAGAGUUUUGAGAGAAUUGGUGCAAGAGCUUUCAGGUCUUUGUAACAAGAAGACAGGAUUACAGGUUUCUCAGAACAGUGAAAAAGCGAUGAAAAUGUACGAAAUCAACGCUAUCGCAGCAGAAGGUUUUAGUAGGAGAGCAUCGUAUUUGUUGCGUGAAAUUCAAUACAAAGAACCGGAGACUUUGUUUACGAAAUUUUAUCACCCCAAGUGCAUCACGAAUUUCAAAAGCAGGUUGAACUCUUUUCAAUACAGAUGA